AUGUUCUCCCUAGCUUGGAUGGCCAAUCAACAAACGUCAUUUCCUGAACUAGUUGGACGAAAUACUCAAGAAGCAGCCUUGUAUAUUACGGCUCAAGGCUUGACACCAGUUUUUGUCAGACCAGAUCAACCCGUGACACUUGAUUAUCGCACAGAUCGUGUUCGUAUUGUGACAGAUCCAUCAGGAAAUCAUGUUAUUCAAGCACCCACCGUUGGUUAA